AAUAAAAUGAAAUUACUACAUAUUUUAAUAACUUUAUCAAUAAACUAUUUAUUAGUUUUUGGUUAUGGUGAAUCAGAUUCACAAAACAACCCAAAUCACUAUGAAAGAGAAUCAUUCAAUCUUAUCAAUUUAGUAAGAAUGUUUCCAACCCAAUAUGCAAACACUUAUAUGACUGGAUACACAAAUUUAAAUUUAAUGUUUACCACAUAUAAACCAACAACUCCAAUUUAUUUAAACAACACUUUAAAUCGUAUGUCUAAAGCCCACUCUUAUGAUAUGUCCACAAAUAACUGCUUCUCACACAAUGAUUGCGUUAAUGGUUCAAGUACUAGUGCCCGUUUCAGUAGAUGGACUUCAUGUACAGGAAGUGGUUGGGGUGAAAACAUUGCUGCUGGUUCUUCAACAGGUAUUGCUGCCAAUAAUUUAUUAAUCUGUGAUGCCACAUCUGGUAAUGCCUGUUCAGCGGAUGGAAGUGGAUAUGAUGGUCACCGUAAAAACCUUAUGAAUGCUAACUAUAAAGUUGCUGGUGUUGGUUAUUAUUACACUUCAACCUCAACCUACAAACAUUAUUGGACCCAAGACUUAACUGGUGGUACAUGUAAUAACCCAACUGGUCCAAUUUACUCUGGCUACCAUACCUUUUUUCCAUCUACAAAUCCACAAUUCAUUGUAAAUUUUUACAGUAAAACUUUGUCAACAUCUACAAUGUCAUUGGUUUUUGUUGGUGGUUCAACUGUUUCAAUGACCAGAGCCUAUGGAAAUGAUACUUUUGCAGUUUACACUUACACACCAACAUCAUUCACCGUAUGUGCUAAAUACUACUUCACAACUACAACUACAAGUGGUGCUACCUAUAGAUACCCAGAUACUGGCUCAUUACAAAUAAGUAAGGAUACAACUUGCAAUUCAUGGACUAGUAGUACUACCGCCUCCUCAGCCAUCAAUAAUCUCAUGGCAGAAGAAAAUAUUGUUUACAAUGAUAUUGAAAAUCAAACAAACAACUCAUUAUCGCUAAUUCAACAAUCAACAACUUUAUUAUUUUUGUUAUUAUCUGUAUUUUAUUUAUUUUUGUAAAAAUUUAAUAGAAAAUUUAUUUUCUAUUAAAAAAAAAAACUAUUUAUUUUAUUAAUGUAUAAUUACAACAAAAAAAACUCUAUAAUGUUUAAAAAUAAAAAUUUACAAUAAAGCUAUUUUUAUGAUUAUAAACCACCC